GCUGUUGAACUCAAGUCGUUUAGCUAUUUAUAAAGAGGGGGGUAAAGUGGGUUAAACUUGUUUACAAAUGAAAUGAUACGGAUUCGUCGCGCUAUUUCCGAGCAGCUGCCGCAGCUGAAGAACAUUUACCAUGCCCUGGAAGUGCCCCUGAAGAAGCAGCAGCUGCAAAAUGCCCAGCGACCGACUCUGGAAUGGACUCUGCCGGCUUCCAUUGCGCAACAGGAGCAGGAGCUGCUGGAUUCCCUGAGGAGUCACACCUUCGAUGCCACCUACAUAGAGAAGGUGCGUGUAGUGCCCAGCGCUGGACGCAGUGCCGCCAAAGUGGAAUUCCAGCUGCAGCCGCAGUCAUUUGUGGAGCAGCUACUCCGGAAAAGACAGCCGGAGGCUCUGCCACUCUCCCCGACCGACGAGCAUGUGGUUGUGGAGUACAGUUCCCCCAAUAUCGCCAAACCUUUCCAUGUGGGCCACCUGCGCUCUACGAUCAUUGGCAAUGUGCUGGCCAAUCUCCACCAGCAUUUGGGAUACCGCACCACGCGCCUUAAUUACCUCGGAGAUUGGGGCACACAAUUUGGGCUCCUGGCGCUGGGCGUUCAGCUGAACAAUGUCAGCGAUAAGGACAUGCAGAGAGCACCCAUAGAGACACUUUACAGAUCUUAUGUGGCCGCCAAUAAAGCGGCUGAGGAGAACCCAGAAAUUGCACAGCGAGCGAGGGACCUCUUCACAGCCCUGGAGGCAGGAACAGACGACGCGAUGGCCCAACAAUGGCAGCAGUAUCGACAGUACACCAUUGAAGAGCUCUCGGGGGUCUACAAUCGGUUGGGCGUCCACUUUGACAGCUACGAAUGGGAGUCGCAGUACUCCCAGCAGCAAAUCAGUGAAGUUCUGGAGAAGCUACGGUCUGCAGGAAUUCUCCAGCGAGAAGUGGAUGGCCGCGAGAUUGUGGUGGUGGAUGAUCGACGCAUUCCAGUGAUCAAAAGCGAUGGCUCUACGUUGUAUCUGGCAAGGGAUAUAGCUGCUCUCCUCGAGCGUCACUCGCGUCUGCAGUUCUCCCGCAUUCUCUAUGUUGUGGACAAUGGCCAGGCAGAUCAUUUCAAUGCCUUAUUCAAGACAACCGCUGCCUUGGACAAACGAUUGAGUCUGGAGCAGCUAAAGCAUGUGAAAUUCGGCCGGAUUCAUGGUAUGAGCACGCGCCAGGGCAAGGCAAUCUUUCUGCGGGAUGUCCUGGACGAAGCACGCGAUGUGAUGCGAGAGAAGCGAAUUCAAACACCAACCACCAGAUCGAAUAGCUCUCUGGACGAUGAAGAUGUCUGUGAUAUCCUGGGUGUUUCCGCCGUCCUCGUGAAUGUCCUCAAGCAGCGUCGGCAACGCGAUCAUGAAUUCAGCUGGCAGCAUGCUCUUCAAGUCAAUGGGGAUACGGGCAUUAAGCUCCAGUACACACACUGCCGGCUGCAUAGCCUUUUGGAGAACUUCAAGGAUAUAGACCUGGAAAACAUUAGACCCGAUUGGCAGCAUUACAGCCAGGAGCCAGUGGAUGCCUUGGAUCUGCUGUAUGAGCUGGCGCGUUUUGAUCAAUGCAUUUGGCAAUCCAAAGAGCAAUUGGAGGCGUGUGUUCUCGUUAAUUAUUUGUUUGGUUUGUGCAAUGCCACAAGUCGUGCCCUGAAACGUUUACCUGUAAAGCAGGAGAGCUGUCCGCUGAAGCAAUCACAGCGUUUGCUGCUCUUCCAAGCCGCCAAGCGGACCCUGCAGCAGGGGAUGCAGCUACUGGGCCUCAGGCCACUCAACCAAAUGUAGAGAAGGCGACAAUCUUUAACAUAGUUUGAUAUUUAUUAAACAUUUUAAACUGAAAUGCAACGUGAGAGACCUGUGUCCGCCUUAGCGCUUCUUCCACGUGUACUUUCGACGUGCUCCUUCCUGUCCGAACUUCUUGCGCUCCCGCCGGCGAUAGUCACGUGUCAGCAGACCGGCUGCAAUAAAAGCAUGCAACAUAAAUGGCAACAAUUAGCGGCAAAAAGAUAGAGCAGUAGAGGAGGGAGGUUCAGCAUCAGAACUUACCCAGACGCAUUGACUCAAUCAUCUCUUGAUCAACGAAGCUGCGCAAACACAUGGCAAUGCCCCAGCGUAUGGCACCCGACUGACCGGAUGGACCGCCGCCUUCCACAUUGGCCUCCACAUCGACUUUGCCCAUCAAUUCGCUGUAGUUCAGCGGGAAGAGCAGCUGAAAAGAACAGACCACAGAGGAAGCACGAAUGAAAAGUGGGGCCACCGUUAGAUGUCAAGUUCAGAUGUCGCCCCCGAGGCAUCCAUUGUACUAUAGAGAUCUAUAUAAUAGUUUUAGCUAUACUGUAUUCCCCCGAAUGCGACUGCGAAUACGGUAGAACUUCCUGUACAACAAUAGAUAAUGGGCCGAAUCGUUAGCCAAAUUAAAUGUCUGUUAGCCGCAGGCACUGCAACAAAUUGUUGCAUGUUUGCCCUUGGGGGCGGCUCGUCAACUACGGCUAGUGUGAACUGUGCGAUGUCUCUCUAACAGUAGGUGUGAUGCAAAUUAUAAGUGCAUUUGGCAGAGGUCUGGGGAUAAUUGCAGAGCCGCAGGCAAGGCUCAGCGGCACGCGCUGCCCUCCCAGUCGUUAAUAGUAGGGGGAAAUACAGAACAAAUGUAGAAAACAAAAGUAUUUUUAAUUCAAAAUUGUGUAACUCUUGAAUGAAAGCUUUUCUCGUUUGUAAAAGUAAAGAAAGGUGGGUAUAAUAUCUAUAAGUAUGAAAAAGGAAUGGUAUUUCUUUGGUAAUAUUAAAGGAUUCUUCCCUUCAAUAAGAUAUAACUUAUAUAAAGAAUUACAAUAAUCAAGAACUAAA